UGCUUCUUCCCUCCCUCUAUUGCCCCCAGAAACAAAGGGGGCGAUCUUCCUUAAAUUUCAACACAACUCCAACAAAGGGAUAACGGCGAACCCCGGCACCGCAAGGUCUUUCUUUUCUUGUUUGAUUUCUUGAGAGAGUGGCAGUGAUGGCCAUUCCAGGAAGAGCGGCUCUAAUCAUUUGUCUAGCGGUGGUAAUUAGUUCUUGCGAAGCCCGUGGCGCAAUCGACCCCUUGGUGCGUCGAGCUCAUGGAGCUAUGAACGGCAUUGCUGACCCGAGAGAGAAAAUCUUUAAUGUCCUGACUUUUGGAGCCAAGCCGGAUGGACGACAUGAAAACUCAAUGCAAUUCCAGAGGACGUGGAAAGCGGUAUGCGAGUGGCCAGGGAAAGUGAAGAUGGUGAUCCCAGCGGGGAGAUUCUUAGUGGGCCCGCUUGUUUUCACAGGCCCAUGUAAAAACCGAGAGCCCAUAGUUGUCCAGAUCAGGGGGACGCUGCUGUCUGCAUCGCCAGACCAAUUAGACGACUUUCCCAUGGACGUCGACAAUUGGAUCCAAUUCUACGACAUACACGGGCUUAUUGUGAUCGGAGGAGGGACUCUUGAUGGCCAAGGUGCUUCUGUCUGGCCACACUCUCUUGAUAGCAACCAAGGUCCUGGCCUCCCAGUUAAUUUGAUGUUCCAGAAAGUCAGCAACGCGAUCGUCCGCAAGCUCUCUUCGGUCAACCCCAAAGGAUUUCACAUCGGAGUCGUCCAGUGCAACAACAUCAGAUUGUACAACCUUCGCAUCAUCGCGCCUGAAGAUAGCCCAAACACCGAUGGGAUCCAUAUUAGCAGAUCCAACCUGGUGAAGAUAGCAAGAACCCAGAUCUCAACCGGGGACGAUUGCAUCGGCAUGAUUCAAGGUUCUACCAACAUUAGCGUCAAAAAAGUAACAUGUGGCCCGGGCCACGGUAUAAGCAUUGGCAGCCUUGGCAAGUACGAGAAUGAGGCAGAUGUUAGAGGGGUCAUUGUGACGAACUGCACACUUUCAAACACAGAUAAUGGAGUCAGAAUCAAGACAAUGCGAGGUCCAAAGGCAAUAGCAAGCCAAGCUUCAAGCCUAAUUUUUCAGGACAUUGUUAUGAACAAUGUGAAGAAUCCUAUCAUCAUAGACCAAGAGUACAAUGCUCAUGGCAAGAACCAGGUCAAUCCAUCGCUAGUCAAGAUCAGUGAUGUUCACUUCAACAACAUUAGGGGGACAUCGACAUCACCCGUUUCGGUUCAGGUGGUGUGCAGCAAAAAAGUUCCCUGUCAAAACAUCCAUUUCUACAACAUAAACCUGGACUACGUGGGAAGACCAGUGACAGCUUUGCCUCCCGGUGGCACUUCCGCAUGUAGUUAUGCACAAGGACUGUUCUAUGGAGGCAUCCAAAAGCCUCCAGCUUGCCAUUAGGGUUAUCUUUGGAUCGUCUCAAUUUGUAUAGAUUGAGGAGGAGGAAGGUGGCAGUUUCUUGGGGCGUAAAGGAAACUUUGGAUCUAGAUUGGUUGUUUAGAAAAUUGAACUACUAUGAUUCAUGCAAUGCCAUGAGAAAGAUGUGGCGGAAAAGAAUGAUUGUUGUCCUUCCCACUAAUUUAAUUCUCUACUGUGCAUAAAGCGACAUCUCUUUUAAUCACAUGUGGUUAAGAUAACACUUGUUAAAACUCACGUUUAAU